AUGACAGAACUUGAGCCAAGUCUUAAUUCACUUCAAGAUACUCCAUUACCUCUAUCUGCCAAAGAACUUGCAGUCAAACGUGUUCAACAACAACCUAAUCAGCAUCAUAAACAACAGAAACGAUUACCGCUGCAAGAAUCGAAACCACCGAAAAAUGCCGUAAAGAUUCGUCCACGUAUAGUGAAAACUCAUUUCAGUUGGGCUUUAGUUCUAACCAUACUAUGCUUUUUCAUCGUUGGACCAUGCUGGGCAUUAUUUAAAUCUCGUCAAAUUCGUCUCAUGAUCGAACGAAACGAACUAGACCGAGCCGAACUUUUAUCAGGUCGUGUCUAUACUGUUCUCACGUUGUCAACUGUAUGUGGUGUUAUAGUGUGGUUUGCCAUUCUAUUCUGUAGCGUUGGUCUUCUAAUUACUGGAAAAUUACAGGAUAGCGGACUCAUCUAG